UCGAGUUUUUGAUCUCAAGCUGUUUCUGAGAGAAGCCGCUGAGUAAGAUGGGGAAGGAGAAGUUUCACAUCAAUAUCGUUGUCAUCGGUCAUGUCGACUCCGGCAAGUCGACGACGACGGGGCACCUGAUUUACAAGCUGGGAGGCAUCGACAAGCGAGUAAUCGAGCGAUUCGAGGAGGAGGCAGCCGAGAUGAACAAGAGAUCUUUCAAGUACGAAUGGUUGCUUGACAAGCUGAAGGCCGAGCGCGAGAGAGGAAUCACCAUCGACAUCGCUCUGUGGAAAUUCGAGACCACCAGGUACUACUGCACCGUGAUCGAUGCCCCUGGCCAGAGGGACUUCGUAAAAAACAUGAUCACGGGAACCUCCCAGGCCGACUGCGCCGUGCUCAUCAUUGACUCCACCACGGGAGGUUUCGAGGCCGGGAUCUCCAAAGACGGCCGGACCCGAGAGCACGCCCUCCUAGCCUAGACCCUCGGAGUGAAGCAGAUGAUCUGCUGCUGCAACAAAAUGGACGCCACCACUCCCAAAUACUCCAAGAGCAGGUACGAUGAAAUCCAAAAGGAGGUCUCCACCAACCUGAAGAAGGUCGGAUACAGCCCGGAGAAAAUCCCGUUCGUCCCAAUCUCGGGCUUCGAGGUGGACAACAUGAUCGAGAGGUCCAGCAACCUCGACUGGUACAAGGGCUUAACCCUCCUGGAGGCUCUGGACAGUGUCUCCGAGCCAAGAAAAAAUGAACUCCAUCACCCGAUAGUUUUGACCCCGCCAAAUUCCGAUUCCAGGUCAAAUUCAGAUUCCUCCAAGAUUGUUCGCCGCCGGCCGCGGCUCAAAGCCAGAAGCAGACUUGGGUGCUGGAUAGGCGGUGGCGAAGUUCCGAAUUCGGACAUACGCGACUUCAUGCGCCUUGAUAGAUAACAUUCGAAUUGUCAUAUUCUUAUCACGAUUUUAGAUUAAAGUGGUGGAGUCGAGGAUCGAGCUGAAGUUCUCGUAGGUUCAGAUCGUCAUGUUCAAGCAGGU